AUGGAAGACGACGACUUAGCACAAAUUAGAAAAGCUCGGCUUGAGCAGCUCAAAUCCCAAGGCGGGGGGGGUGGUGGAGGUGGAGGAGGUGAUCGACCAGGCGCGGCAAGCGGUGGUGGAGGACAAGAUGAUGGCAGACAACAGGAAGAAGAAGCAGCUCGUCAAUCAAUCCUAAAUCAAAUUCUCGAACCCGAAGCCGCAGAUCGUCUAGGUCGUAUCAGACUUGUGAAAGAAUCCAGAGCUGUCGAUGUUGAGAAUCGCUUGAUUAUGUUGGCGCGAUCCGGUCAGUUGAGACAGAAGAUUACGGAAGAACAACUGAAGGACCUGUUGAGCAGCGUGUCGGAAUCUCAGAAGGAUGAAGAAAAGAUUGUGGUUACUAGGAGGAAGGGUGCUUGGGGCGACGACGAUGAUGAUCUUUUGGAUUUGUAG